AUGAAGCAUGACUUUGGCGUCCAUGUCGCCACAUUAUCCAAUCCUGGCACAACGUGCGGCCUCCCACUUGAAGCGAUAGAGGCGCAGUGUAGGAUCCUGCAUGGUAUUCUCAAAGUCCUGCGACCUAGCUACGCCUUCAUGACACUAUCGACAUGGCAAAAGGCAGCUACGAUAUGCAGUAGCCAUACCAUGACAAGAUAUCCCCUCUCACGGACCACAGAGCAGUAUGGACCCGUUGAGCAUUACCGCUGGACUGAGCUCAGGUCCUUUCAUGAUGGCGUUUCCACAAUCGACUCUAAACUGGAAGGACUACUCAAGGUUGUGGACGGACUGAGGCUGGUACUUGAAUCAGUGCGAGACACGUUCGUAACAGUUACAGCUGAAUAUGGCACCGGACAUGUCGGCUCGCAUUGGCGUAACAUCGCGAGGUCGCUUAAGGAUGGGCAGGGUGUCUUGGGUCAGCUUCAGGAGAAGCUUCAAUCUGUCAACAAGACCGGCAAGCACCUUGAUGCGAUUCGAAAACAGCUUCGCAUGAAUUUUGCAACCGAGCAGAUUGCACAUUUCCAGCAGCAAAUCCAAUCAUACCGCGACACACUGCAGCUAUCGGUCCAAGCCGUCAUUCUCUGGAAUCAGGUGCCCUACCAAAAGUCAGUAGAAUCUUUCGUGCCGGCCUUGAGUGACUUGCAGAAGGAGAUUCGACGGCUGGCCCUGGAGAUGAAUCGCAGGAUUGACAGCCCACAGCCCGACUCAUCGGUUCAGAACAACAGCAAGACAUUGACCCAUCUCAGAGAAUGUGUUCGCUCCGCAGCCAGUGUCAUCUACUCUGCAUCAUCAGUCAGGAGUUCGCGGAAAGACAGCAUCAGGAAGCCUCUCUCAGACUUCGGCGAUUGCUUCCCGGUUGAGAACAAUGUAGCAUUACAACGCUGGAUGGCAUCUGAGGCUAUUCUUGAAAUUGGCGAAUCCGAAAGUGAACAGGACUAUGACCCUUUCCGUGAGAGUGCAGGCAAAGAGGAGGUCUCUGGCAAUCUGGAUCUUAGUAAACACGAUUCCGUGUUCCAAAAUCCGAAUGCCAACACAGCGGUAGACGUUCAGGGCUCGGAAACUGAUGCAAAUUACGAAACUGAGGCAAAGAAAACAGGUCCUGCGAAUGAGCUGCAGACGACCAGACAGCGCCCAGCUCUCGUGGAAUCAGACGACGAGUCCGAUGCACCAAGCGUAUCAGAGUCGCUGGAUUCAGUCCCUGCUCCCUUGGUCAUAGCCAGUGGCGAUGAAUAUCGAGGUUCUGGCGAUUCCAUCUUGCAGGCCGCAUCCGAAAUCAACAACGAGACUGGUCGAAGUCACGAGGCACACCCUAAGAUUGCCGAACUUCCUGGAUUUGGUAACAGGUCGGAUGGUCACGAACCACCAAGUGUGGCCACCGUCCUGUGA